UUACUCUUCAUUCUUUUUAUCCUUUUCUCUUCAUUCCUUCCUGCUUCUGGUUCAAAGCAAGAAGCUGCUUAUGCUCUGCUCAAAUGGAAAACCAGCCUCAUAAACCAACACAAUCCCUUGUUAUCUUCAUGGUCCCUUAAUCCUACCCAUAUAAACCGAACCAUGAGUACCGCACCAUGCACCUGGUACGGUGUUCAUUGCAAUGAUCAUGGAGAUGUAAUAAAACUCAACCUUUCUACUUCAAGACUGAACGGUACACUUAAAAACUUCACGUUUUCGUCUUUCACUAGUCUAACACAUCUAGAACUUAGACAAAAUGACGUUUUCGGAUCCAUCCCAGUUGAGAUCUUUUAUCUUUCUAAACUCGUGUUUCUUGAUCUUUCUAGUAAUCGUUUUUCUGGAACAAUUCCUCAAGAAAUCGGAAUGAUCAUGAAACUUGAGACCCUUUCAUUGCAUAGCAAUAAUCUUGAUGGUCAUAUUCCUGCAUCUUUAAGAAACUUGACCAAUUUGAUUAAUCUUCGUCUUGAUAGUAAUAAGUUAUCAGGUUUUAUACCUCCAGAACUAGGAAAUUUAGAAAAUCUUGUGAAGGUCAAUAUUUCGGUCAACGUCCUAACUGCACACAUUCCAUCUGGUAUAGGAAAUCUAACCAAAUUGUCUGAACUGUACCUUUUUAGAAACAAUCUUACCGGUCCGAUCCCAUUAUCUUUAGGAAACCUGAGCUCUUUAAAGACAUUAUACUUAUAUAGCAACCGACUUUCUGGUCCAAUUCCUGAUGAAUUAGGAAACAUGAAGAAUCUGAUUCGGUUACUUUUGGGCCGCAAUCAGCUCACGGGUCCCAUCCCGGCUUCAUUUAGAAACCUGAGCAAGCUUAAGAUACUGGAUGUUCAUGAAAACUUUCUUUCAGGCGUUAUCCCACCAGAACUCGGAAAACUAGAGUCGUUGAUUCAAUUAGCCUUCAGUCACAACGAGCUUACUGGUCAAAUCCCGGCUUCAAUAGGAAAUCUAAGCAAAUUAGAGCAGUUGUACCUUAACGACAACCAGUCUAAUGGUUCCAUUCCAAAAGAGUUGGGAAACUUAAGCUCUCUUGUUGAGUUGAUCUUGUUCAUUAAUCGGUUAAGUGGUCCGAUCCCAGAUUCACUCGGUAACCUAAUAAAGUUGGAGCAAUUCACGCUGCAUGACAAUAAACUCUCGGGUUAUUUUCCUAAGGCAAUACUCAAUUGUCGAAAACUAAUUUAUCUGACUCUAGGUAACAACUCCCUUGUGGGUCAUGUCCCGGAAUCGGUUUGCAAGUUGAGAUUGUUGGAGACUCUUCACCUUGGGAAUAACUGGCUUACCGGCAAUGUUCCACAAUGCCUGGGUAACUUCAGCCACGAGCUCAGAGUGUUGGAUCUGCGGUUAAACCGGUUCCAUGGAAGCAUUCCCACAACAUUCUUGAAGCAAAACAACAAUCUAAGAAGUCUCAACUUGAAUGGAAAUCAACUUCAAGGCUCGAUUCCAGAGACUUUGAUCAAUUGUAGGAACCUUGCAGUUUUGGAUUUGGGAAACAAUAAGCUAACCGGUGGAUUCCCGCACUGGAUUGAUACUCUUCCCGAGAUGCAAGUUCUCGUCUUGAGGGGUAAUAAACUCAAUGGCACAUUACACACAUCCAACACCAAGCCUUUGUUUCAAAAGCUGCGAAUACUUGAUCUAUCGAGCAACGAGUUUACGGGUCUUUUGCCUUCAAACUACUUCAAGAACUUUAAAGCAUUGAUGGCUAUGGAUAGGGCUGCGCCAGGAGUGUUGUACAUGGGUGGAAAGUUCAUGUAUGAUGACACAGUGGAGAUAGUGGUGAAAGGAUUGAGAUUGGAACUACAGAAAAUAUUAGUAAUCUGCACCACUAUAGAUCUUUCGGUUAAUAGAUUUGAAGGGGAGAUACCUGACACUAUUGGACAGUUAAGAGCGCUUCGGUUUCUCAAUCUAUCGCAUAACAGUCUCUCGGGUAGCAUACCGACACACUUGAGCAACCUCGUACUCCUUGAACAUUUAGAUCUUUCUUCAAAUAAGAUCGUAGGUGAAAUUCCUGUACAACUUAAAAGUCUGACAUUUCUUGCAUUCGUGAAUUUUUCACAAAACCAGCUUCACGGAGCCAUACCUGAAGGUGGACAGUUCAAUACCUUUGGAAAUAGUUCGUUUCAAGGGAACAAUGGAUUAUGUGGAUUCCCGUUGACAAAGAACUGUGGUGAUGAUGAUGAGACAUUCUCUCCGACACGUGGAGAAGAUGACGAUGAAGAUGACAACGAUAGUUUCUUUAAUGGAUUUUCUUGGGAAUCUGUUGUUUGGGGAUAUGGAUUUGGGAUGUUUUUUUUUUUUUGAACGUCCAACAUAAGAAUCGCCGGGUACUCCGUACGCGGCACCCAUUGGCCGAAAGGUAGCCCGCGGCAGCCCAACCUGCACGCACGGAGCCCCUAGCCCACCACGCCACCAGUUCCGGGGAAAACCCGACCCUGCACCCGCCCGAGAGCACGACAAUACAGAGCUGGUAAAACCCGGGUGGAUCAGGAAUCGAACUUGAGACCUUUCAGUCAAAAGUCUUCCCUCAUUUCCAUAACCACUAAGCUAUAAGCCCAGGGUUAAAUAAAAUGAAAUUGGAUUUGGGAUGUUAAUUGGAUUGGGUGUUGGAUGGCUUCUUUUUUAUUUGGGAAAGCCUAGAUGGGUCACUACUACUAGAAUCAGAAAACAUGUAGGUUUUGAUUGGUUGUAUAGUUGAGUAAUUGGAUACGGGUCAAAGUUGCGUAUCGGUUAGAACGGGUCAGCAGGGUUUUAUUUAUUGUAAAGUUUGUAAUGAAUGAAAGUGGGUUGAAGCCGUAACAAAAUUC